AUGUCCACGCUGAGAUUGCUCCUCGCCGUAUCCACGUGGCUCCUGGCCGGGCUCCUCUCGGCGGAGGCGACCUACUACCGGCACCACCGCUACUCCCCGCACCGCUACCGCUACCGGGAUCACUCCGCCCACACGGAGAACCUGCUGCCCGAGGCGGCCGACCCCCAGCCCGGCGUGCCCACCUACCCGCACAUCCCCGAGGUCUUCCACCCGGCGCCCGAGGUCAUCCCGCCGCUGCCCGAGGCUCUCCACCCGGUGCCCGAGGUGGUGCACCCGGCGCCCGAACCCUACCACCGGCCCGAGGUGUACCAGGCGGUGAUCGAAGCCUCCUCCCCCCCCGCGAACCUGAGCCGGGUGUUCUACGGGAUCAUGUUCGACGCCGGGAGCACCGGCACCAGGAUCCACAUCUACAAGUUCAUCCAGAAGGACCCAGUGGAGCUGCCAGUUCUUGACAAUGAACUGUACAACGCUGUGAAGCCUGGACUGUCUGCCUAUAAGGACAACCCUGAGGAGGGUGGCAACACCGUCCGUCAGCUGCUGAAGAUCGCCAAGAAGACGGUGCCGGAGGACGAGUGGAGGAGGACCCCGGUGGUGCUGAAGGCCACGGCGGGUCUUCGCCUGCUGCCUGAGGAAAAGGCCAAAGCUCUUCUGAAGGAGGUACAAGAGGUGUUCGAGGAGUCUCCCUUCUUCGUGCCAAGCAACAGUGUUUCCAUCAUGAACGGAACAAACGAAGGAAUCCUCGCCUGGGUCACGGUGAACUUCCUCACAGGACACUUGUACUCCAACACAAGGAGGACGGUGGGGAUCCUGGAUUUGGGUGGAGGAUCGACACAAAUCACAUUCCUUCCCAAGUCAAGGAAAACGGUCCAGUCUGCACCAACCAGUUACAUUGCCAAUUUCAACCUGUUCAACAACACGUAUCAAGUCUACACACACAGUUACCUUGGAAACGGCCUGUAUGCAGCUCGACUGGCGACUCUUGGAGCACUAGGAGCUGAAGGUCUAGACUGGAAAAUCUUCACCAGCUCCUGCCUCCCGAAAAAGUUCAGAGAAGAUGUGACUUUUGGAGGAACCACCUACAAAGUUAGCGGGGUUCCAAACGGCUACGCAGGAUAUAAACUGUGCUACUAUGAGGUGAUGAAAGUCAUCAAGGGAAUAGUGCACCAGCCCUAUGAGGUGAAGGGCAGCAGCGUCUUCUACGCUUUCUCCUACUACUUCGACAGAGCUGUGGAGUCUGGCCUCAUUGAUGGCAGUCGAGGUGGUUCGCUUGAAGUGAGGGAUUUUAAGAAGAGAGCCAAGGAAGUGUGCAACAAAAUGACCAAAUACCGUGUGAUCAGCCCCUUCCUCUGCAUGGAUAUGACAUAUAUCACUUGUCUGCUAAAGGAGGGAUUUGGCUUCAAGGACAACACUGUGCUGCAGCUCGCCAAGAAGGUGAACAAUGUAGAGACCAGCUGGGCCCUGGGCGCAACGUUCGACUACUUCAGGAACCUCAACAUCCACUAA